ACGUCCGGCUAACCUUUCACAAUAAAAUCAUUUUAUUGGACAUGUUUGCAGGGCCAAAUGAAAACAGAAAUGCACAUUUUUUAAAAAUCAGUUUAAAACAAAUCUGGGUUAAUCUGAAUCAUUGUGUGUACUCCCCUUUAUGUGUCGGUUAAUGCAUCGAUGAGCCCAGAUAAAAAUUAUGGGUUAUUUCCAGGAUUUUAGAAAUACGAAGGCCACGACGACAAAGUCCUUUAGAAGAACCCACUUCAGGAAACGCUCCCCUUUUUCUUAAGUGGUAUUUGUUAACUUUUAUUUCGAAAAAAAAUCCGCGUUUCCUGUAUAAUUUUGUUUUAUAACGGCUAACUUUACACUUUUUUUGUAACAACAAACUGUCUGAUUGGAUGGCCUGCGGUGACGUAGUUUGGAGAAGAAAUUUGAUUGGCUCUGAACUUUUGCCUUUUUUAUUCCCCGAGAUGCCGACAUUAACGUAAAAACUAAACAAAACGAAGGUAAUUUUCUGCGUAAAAAGUUUUUGUUCAUAUUUAAUUUUCAUAUCUAAAACAAGUAACGCACGGGAAAUGACUAAAAUGUUUCGGAAACGCGGACGUGACGUCGCCUUCCUCAUCCGGGUCGCUCUCCUCAUGCUGUAGCAAGCAUGGCGGCGAAAAACAAGCACAGCAAAAAAUCCAAAACGCCAAGUAAAGUGACUUUUCAGCCGGAAGAACACGACCUGGAGGCUGAAAACAGCGGCGGAGAGGAGGACAAAGAUUCAGCAGGUGAUGAAGGUGCAGACGGAGCGAAGAAAGAUGAGGAAGAGUUCAGUCUGGAGGAGGUUUUACGGCUCGGUGGGACACAGGCCGACUACAUCCUCCUCGCCGGCCUGGACGACUCCAACGAGCUCGUGGACGGGGGGAAGAAAGGAGCCAUAGACGAUCUGGAGGAGGGCGAGCUGGAGAAAUUCAUCGCUAAGCUGGGCAUCAGGGCGUUCGCCGGGCAGCUCGUCAUUGCAGACGAGCCAGAGGGCGGCGACGACUCUGGAGCAUCGGGCGAGAAGGAAAGUAAAAAGGCCAAAGCCAAGAAAGCUUCAGUAGAGGAACAAGCAUCCGACGCGCAGCAGAAAGUUGGCGAUGACCAGCAGGCGGAGAGCAAACAGAAGGCCAAGAAGACGCCCGCUGGGAAAAAGGCCAAACAGAAUGCAAAUGUGUUUGAGUUUCAGCAGAGGCAGGUCCUGCUGAUCAAGCCUGGAGGGAAAUGGUUCGACCUGGAAUACACAGCGGAGGGUUCAUCCACCCCACAGGAUCCCCAACUGGUCUCCCAGUACAAGACGCUCGCCCAGCGGCUGUUCGAGGCCGAGGUGGAGCUCUACAAGAGCAAGAAGAACCUGCAGAAAGGAGCCAACUCCACCUGGAUGAAGACGGUCGUCUCCUCUGGCGUGCUGGCAGACAGGAUGGCGGCCAUGACGGUUCUGAUCCAGGACGCUCCGGUGCACACGCUGGAGCAUGUGGAGAACCUGGUGUCCAUGGUGAAGAAGAAGGGCAGCCGGCGGAUGGGUCUGAUGGCUCUGGACACGCUGCGAGAACUGCUGCUGUCCGACCUACUGCCGGAGAACAGGAAGCUCCGCCCCUUCGCGCUGCACCCGUUUGACCAGCUGGAGGAGAAGGCCAGCGGCAACCGCGAUGCCCGCGACCGCCGCCUCGUCCUCUGGUACUUUGAGCACCAGCUGAAGCACCACGUGGCCGAGUUGGUGGUGGCUCUGGACUCGGUGGCUCACGACACCGUCGCGGCAACCAAGGCGAAGGCGCUGGCCACCGCCCACGAACUGCUGUGCAGCCGCCCGGAGCAGGAGAAGGCGCUGCUCAUCCAGGUCGUCAACAAGCUGGGAGACCCCGAGUACAAGACGGCGGCUAAAGCGUCGUACCUGCUGGAGACGCUGCUGCACAAACACCCCAACAUGAAGGCGGUGGUGUGCUGCGAGGUGGAGCGGCUCAUGUUCCGGCCCAACAUCAGCCCCAAGGCGCAGUACUACGCCGUCUGCUUCCUCAGCCAGGUGAUGCUGAGCCACGACGAGGCCGAGCUCGCAGCCAAACUCAUCACCAUCUACUUCUCCUUCUUCCGCGCCUGCGUCAAGAGUAAGGACAUCGAGUCGAAGAUGCUGAGCGCGCUGCUGUCGGGCGUGAACAGGGCGUAUCCCUACGCCGGCACCGGAGACGAGAAGGUGAAGGAGCAGCUGGACACGCUGUUCAAAGUGGUCCAUGUGGUGAAGUUCAACACAGCCGUGCAGGCUCUAAUGCUGCUGUUCCAGGUGAUGGACUCCCAGCAGACCAUCUCUGACCGAUACUACGUCGCUCUGUACAGGAAGUUGUUGGACCCCGGGCUGUCGUCGUCCUCCAGACAGAGCAUGUUCCUCAACCUGCUGUACAAGUCGCUGAAGGCGGACAUCAUGCUGCGGCGCGUCAAGGCCUUCGUGAAGCGGCUGCUGCAGGUCAGCGCCGAGCAGAACGCCAGCUUCGCCUGCGGGGCGCUCUUCCUGGUGUCAGAGGUCAUGAAGUCCAAGCCGGGCCUGAUGAUGCUGCUGCAGGAGGACGGGGAUGGAGAGGAGGAGGAGUUCAAAGAUCUCGCUGAAGAGGAUGAAGACGAGGAUGAAGAGGAGCGCUUUGUGGACGCCGACAAACUGGAGGAGGGAGCAAGUGCAGAGGCCGAGGGGUCCAAACCCACUGCAUCAUGGGUACAUCACCGGAACCUGGAAGGAGGCAAGGCCACGCAGAGCUACGACCCGCUGCACAGGAACCCGUUAUUCUGCGGCGCCGACCACACGACUCUAUGGGAGCUACAGAGGCUCACUCUUCACUUCCAUCCCUCAGUGUCGCUGUUUGCAAAAACCGUCCUGCAGGGAGGGUUCGUCCUGUACUCCGGCGACCCUCUGCAGGACUUCACCCUCAUCCGCUUCUUGGAUCGAUUCGUCUUCAGAAACCCAAAACAGCUGAAGGGCAAACAAAACACAGAUUCUGCAGCGUUGCAGCCCAGACAGAGGUUACCUGUCAACUCUUUACCAGUGAACUGUGAGGAGUUCCUGUCUAAAGAAGAGAGUCAGAUCCCUGUGGAGGAAAUCUUCUUCCACCGCUUCUUCAAGAAACGGCAGCAGGAGAAGCAGGUGCGUCGGCCACGGCGAGACGGCGAUGACGAGAGCGUGGAGGACGUGGACGACGAAGAGUUCGAGAAAAUCCUCGAUUCCUGUGAGGGGGACUCGUACUUCGUCGACCUGGCGGAUAAUGACCUGGACUUUGCAGGUAAUAUGAAGAGUAAAAAAGGUAAGAAAGACACCGAGGACUCGGACGACUCGGACAUGGACGACCUGGACGACGAGGAGGUGUCUCUGGGCAGUAUGGACGAGGAAGACUUCGGAGAUGAGCUGGAGGACGAAGGAGGGACGUUCAUGGAUCCCGACGGAGGCAGAGAUGGAGACGAAGACGACGACGAAGAUCCAGAGCUGGAGGAUGACGACGCUGGAUUCGGUGAUUCAGACGAAGAGAUGGAGGUUCCAGACAUCACUCCUCACACCAAGAAGGGGAAGAGGAGAUCCUCAGAGGAGCUCGACUUCUCAGGAUCUUCAGGUUCUAAACCGGGGAAGAAGAAGAAGAAAGGAAAGAAAGACGCAGCCAUGUUUGCUUCUGCUGAAGAGUUUGGCUCCCUGUUGGAUGAGAACGCUGGCUCCAAGUUUGACAAUAUCGGGCUGAACGCCAUGGCCAACACUGACAGAGCAGGUCUGAAGCAGCUGAAGUGGGAGGCUCAGCGUGACGACUGGAUCCACGGCCGCGACGCCAAGACGCUGCGCAGGAAGAAGACCUUGUUCAACCGGAACAAGAUGGCGUUCGGCCGAUCCAGGACGGGAAGCAGGACGUUCGGGAACAAGAGGAGGAAGAAGUAGCCGUUUGAUGAUGCGGACU